UCGAAUCUGCGCCGAGCGACGCAAAUGUAGCGAUGACGUCACGCGGUGAUCACCAGCUGAAAGUUUCCUAUGCGGUUUAAGUGAUUAUUAUUAGCGCUUUAACGAACCUUAACCUGUCAACCGACGGAGGAUCACGUUACGGAUCUGGCGUGUUUGGGUGCAGAUUUUAAAGCACCUGUGGAGUCUGCCCGGGGACGCGUGUUGUCCCUGACAUCUUCUGCAAGAUGUCCAGUCAUUUCCGCAGUUACAUCUGGGAUCCGGUCCUCAUCGUCUCUCAGAUUAUUUUAAUGCAGUGCAUCUACUACAGCUUCUUGGGUCUCUGGUUGGCUGGUGUUGAUGGUUUGGUGCAGACCAGUAGAUCACUUGACCAGAUAUUUAAUUAUGAGGUGCUUGGCUUUUCAACAACACACGGUCGCCUCUCAAUGAUGGCGUUUAUAUUGAACUCUCUCACGUGUGCUCUUGGCUUGUGGUUUUUCAUCAGACGGGGAAAACAGUGUCUGGACUUUACCAUCACGGUGCAUUUCUUUCACAUGAUUGGCUGCUGGAUCUAUAACGCCCACCUCCCAGCCGCUCUGUCGUGGUGGUUGGUCAACAUGGCUUGCAUGGCACUUAUGGCGGUCAUCGGCGAGUACUUGUGCAUGCGGACAGAACUCAGAGCCAUUCCAGUAAACACAGCACCCAAAUCGAACCUAUGAGAACGGUAUAGAGACAGAUUUGGCACGCGCGAUGCUGGAGCCUUUGGCUGGACAGGCUGUGGACUAAUGCUGCUUUGGUUUUUGCAGUUUCGAGAUGGAAUGAUUAUUGGCCCAGAGGGAACAGAAAUGAAUUUUUACAGUGAUGUAAUGGUCAUGUCACUGUAUUCAACCGUAAUCGUGUGUUUUAGACUAAUUGCGGUCAUGCCGUUAUACGUACGAAAAGGACUUGGAAUUUUCAAGCUUUAAUGCUUGACGAUAAUAAUGAUCUACUGAGACUUCCUUCAUCCAGCAUUAUACCGUAAUAUAUCGUAAUUGCUCUUGUUUAGGACCAACUCUUACUGUUAUUCACAGAUGGUUACUGAAAUGACAGAGAUGGUUUGUUUUAAAUGUGCCGAAACCUCCCAAGACUCAUGUUCAUAAUAAAAUAAAAUACAGUCGCAUACUGAAUACUUUAAUGGUUACAGUCAAAUUUCUCAAUGUCACCAAAGACACAGUUGGUCUUUCGUUUACCUUAAAGGUUAAAGUCAACAAAAACUGAAUAUCCAAACAAGGUAUGCAACAUUUCUAAAAUCUUCGAAUCUUAAUUUAAUCCUGGAUAAUGUCAAUAAAAUAUUCACACACACACACAAAAUGUUUU